AUUUAUCCUUACGUGUCCGCUUUGAGACCAUUCUGGAAUACGCCUGUCCGGCUAAGCCUCCUUCUCAGAGGACCUCACAAUUCAAUCAGCGGUGUCAUUGCUGCCGCUGCGGCAUGGUGCCCGUCUGGCAACCUAAUCCAUAAAAGCAUCUGAAUGGCAGCUGCAGUGAGCACUCGACUGCGAACUUGAAGCAACAUGGCUCGCCCUCUCCGCAUCGACGUCCACCACCACAUCUUCCCCGCCGGCUCGCGCAAGUCUGAAGAUCUCGACGCCUCCGUGGGCUUCCGCGUCCCCCCGGAGAAUGUCCCUUGGACGCCCCAAGUGAGCCUCCGCGCCAUGGACGCGCUCAACAUCGACCUCGCCGUCCUCUCCGUGCCCACGGGCAUGCCUGAGGGCCCCGCCGGUCCCGAGAACCGCCGCGCAGCGAGGGGGCUCAACGAGAUGCUCGCCAAUAUAUGUAAGGACCGUCCCGGCAGGUUUGGCUUCUUCGCGGCGACGCCGGUGCUAGACGAUACGGUGGGCGUACUGGCGGAGAUUGCGUAUGCUUUGGACGAGCUGGGCGCGGAUGGGGUUGGGUUGGCAUCGUCGUAUGGGCAGGGCAAGGAUGCGGUGUACGUGGGUGACGACGCAUUCGACCCGGUCUGGCAAGAGCUGGAUAGUCGCGGCGCAAGUGUACACCUGCACGGUACGCAGACGCCUUCGUCAACCCCCUGGCCGCAUGAAUACCUCGGGAUCCCAAUCACGGAGGUUCCCAACGAGACCUAUAAAGGCGCCGCGCACCUCGUCGUGACCGGCAAGAAGCGGCGCUUCCCCAACGUCAAGAUCAUCCUCUCUCACCUCGGAGGCAGCACGCUGAUCCUCGCGCCCCGUGCUGCCGUGCUCUCGCGGCACAUGGGCUCCGCGCUCACACCCGAGGAGAUCAUGGACGACUUCAAGACCUUCUACGUUGACACUGCGCUGGCUGCGCACGACACCACGCUUGGGCUUGCGAAAAGUAUGCUCGCGCCGGACCGUGUCCUGUUUGGCACCGACUUUCCAGCCGUAAGCAAAGAUAUGGCUGCUUGGUACCAGACGAACUUGGACGAAUUCUACAAGGAUGAGCCCGCCCUGCUCAAGGCAGUCUCGAGCGACAACGCUCUCAGGCUCAUGCCGACGCUGCAGAAUCGCCUCACCGGGGUACAAUUGUAGCUACCCGCGGAGCGGUGCCAUCGGGGUGUCUCUGCGGACCCAUAUGGCUACUGAUUACAACGACGCUAUACUGGUACCAUCCAGUC